UCGUGUUUAGCUAAUUAAAUUUAUUCAUUGGAGUAGACUAAUUAAAUCAUAUUGAAUGAAUGAAAGAAAGAAGAAUCUGUAAUCUCCUGAUGAACACGACACACGCUAUUUACUUUAAAAGAGGACCCAAAGCUGAAAGAAUUUAAUUGAAAAUUGCGAUGAUUUUGUUGCAGUCUCAUUCCAGAUUUCUCCUUCAAACCUUGUUGAAUCGGGUUAAGAAUCUUGACAAGGCAGUUGAGCUUGAUUACCAAUGGGUCGAAUUUAAUGAUGUUCGCUACCACAUUCAGGUGUCAAUGAAGAAUCCAAAUGCUGUGUUGUUAUCUGUGUCAUUGCCUACUCCACCUCCAGAGACUGUUUUCUUGGGUGGACUUCCUUUUGGAGCUAUAGAAGCUAUAAAGGCUGCUUAUGGUUCAGUUGUUCAAAUUCUUGAUCCACCAAGAGAUGGCUUUAAUCUCACUUUGAAACUCAAUUUGUCUAAACUUCCUACAGAUGAAGAGAACAGGCAGGCUGUCUUGGUAAAGAUUGCAUCUGUCAGAGAAGUUGUGCUGGGUGCGCCUUUAAGAGUAGUUCUAAAGCAUCUUGCUUCAAGGACUGUUGCUCCAGAUAUAGAUCGGCUUCUUGCCCUUGUGCAUCGGCCAAAUGAAUCUUUUUUUCUUGUUCCUCAGGCAGAAAAGGUGACUGUAGUAUUCCCUAUGAGAUUCAAGGACUCCAUAGAUACUGCUCUUGCAACUUCCUUCUUGCAGGAAUUUGUAGAAGCAAGGCGUACAGCUGGACUUAAUAAUGCUCCUCCUUGUUUGUGGUCUCCUACUCCUCCUUUAGAGUUGAAGGAUGUUCCUACAGAAGGAUUAUCUGCAAAUGCAGGAUUUGUAUCUUUUGUCAUUUUUCCUCGCCAUGUGGAAGGAAAAAAGUUGGACCAUACAGUAUGGAAUUUAUCUACAUUCCAUGCAUACGUUAGCUAUCACGUUAAGUGUUCAGAAGGUUUCAUGCAUACUCGCAUGCGACGGCGUGUGGAAUCUCUGAUUCAGGCUCUGGAUCGGGCAAAACCUGGUUCUGAGGAAAAAAGGAAAUCACCAAAUAGCAGAUCUUUCAAACGGCUGAGUCUGAAAGAAGCUCGCGCUAAUUCUAAAUCUUGAAGGCGAAAUUGCUCUCUAUUCUACUUCCACAAGAACCUUCUGACUUCUGCGCAGGCUAGGCUGCUGCAAGCCCCUGUACCUUUCUUUCCAGUGAAACAGAAAUGGAAACCGAAAAUAUUUAGUUUCUAAAAUGUACAAUUUCUUCAGUAGUUGGCUCCUUCUGAACUGAAAAAUGUCAAUUGCUUUUAGGCCAAAUUUUUGUUCGUCUUGUAAAUUGUUUCAUUCUGCCUUUUUUUUUUUUUUUAUGCCUCCUGAUUUUCUUUAGCAUGUCCAUGGAAUUUUCUUUUUCCUGAUCGGUCUGCUGACCCAGAAACAAGAAAUUUUUCUUUUGUCCAAUUAGUGCUCAGGGCAUUAAAUCAAGAUUGCGGAUGAAUCAAAGUCUGCUUGUUUGUGUCAA